AUGGCCUCUGCUCUUGCUAUCGGUUUCGGUAUUGCUACCACCGCCUUCUUGGGCCGUGCUGGUCUGGUCGCCUACCGCCGCUCCAAAGGAGGUCUCAACGCCGCUGGAAAGGCCUUCUACAAAGGAGGAUUCGAUCAGCGCAUGUCCCGUCGCGAAGCCUCCCUGAUCCUCCAACUUGCUGAGCGUACCCUUACCAAGGACAAGAUUCGCAAGAACCACCGUCAACUCAUGUUGCUCAACCACCCCGAUCGCGGCGGUAGCCCGUACCUGGCCACCAAGAUUAACGAAGCGAAGGAAUUCCUCGAUAAACAUGUCUGA